AUGGCUCCAUUCAAUCGGUUAUUGCGUGCAACGGCAAGAUACGGAUCGCGGACCUUCCAGUCGCCAAUGUCACGACAGUAUGCAACGGGCUACGAAGAGCGCACUCAGAAGACGCUGCAGAAGUCCUCGAAGUUGACAUGGCUGACCACCUCAGCGGCUGCCGUUGCCGCAGCGAUGUAUUACUACACCAACGUCUCUUCUACUCCCGCUGCUUCCACCAUACGCGAAAAGGUCGACCACGCAAAGCACCCCGAUUUGGAAGCGCCGAAGCCUGUAGAGGACAGGCAUGGGGAUACGGUUGCCAAACAUUCGAUUGCGGCGCACAAGAAUCAGAAUAAAAUCAGGGAAGGUGUUUUCAAGGGGGGUGAAUUUGAUAACCAUUUGCAGAAGCAUUCGACGGAUCCUGGUAAGGAUUUUGAGAAGAAGUAG